AUGCUGUUCCCAGAAGAAGAUGCCGGGCACCUGAAGACAUUUAUUGUUAAGCGCCUGGAAAAUACCUCUGACGCGGAUGCAGAUGUUCUGGCAGAUUAUGUGCUUGCGCUUCUGCGACACGAUGGCGACACGGAAACAGUCAGAACGCUCUGUGAGGCUGAGAUUCCAGAUUUCCUGAAAGAAGACUCUGCCAUAUUUGUCAGGGAUAUCUUUGAAGCGAUUCAAUACAAAUUAUAUCUCCCGGGCGCUCCUCCUCUCCGCAGAUCAUCCAUACCUUUUGCGCCUCCAAACGGACCCUCUGCCCCCUCCGCGCAUGGAUAUGGAAACUUGGGUAUGGUUGCUUCGUUUGGACCUCAGAAUGGCUCGCGGAAACGCCCCCACAACGACCGAGGGGACGGAGGGGACGCGCAGGAUCGAGGAUUUAUCAUGGGUGAUCCGAACGGCAGGACUUUCAAGCAACCAAGACGCGGAGGACCUGCCAUGGGCAGAGGCGGCUUCGAUGGUGGAUUCAACCAAAAUGGUGGCAGAGGAGGUUACGCUGGAGGACGACCACCACCGAUGAACUUACAAGGCAUGCCACCGCAAGGAUUUCCUGCUAUGCCCAGUCCUCCGUUAGGAAUGCCGCCCCUGGACCCAAACAACCCCAUGGCAGCUAUUUUGGCUAUGCAGGCAAUGGGGUUCCCUAUACCCGGCAUGCCAUCCUUUCCGCAACCUACCUCCCCUGGAUCAUCACGGCAAAACAAUCAGCGAUGUAGGGACUUCGAUCUCAAGGGGUUCUGCGCCAGGGGCAAUCAAUGUCACUUCGACCAUGGCGAGCAUAAAAUAUGGGUUCCACCGGCGAGCGGAGUGGACGAAUACGAUCCUACAAAUUCUGGUCUCAUGACAGGUGUAGAGAGUGCGAGUCCUGGCCUUGGUCCUAUGAACUCUUUCAACCAAUUCCGCGGUGGCGACAGAGGACGGGGCCGCGGUGGCUUCGUGAGGGGUGAUAGGACACAGCUCGGCGCUCCAGGCAGAAAGAAUGGUAGAUCGGAACUAUCAUCUGAUCGACCGAACUACGACAAGAGUAAUACUACGAUUGUGGUGGAGAACAUCCCCGAGGAAAGGUUUUCUGAAGACGAGGUCCGCGGAUUCUUCUCUACGUUUGGCAACAUCGAGGAGGUUUCAAUGCGUCCAUACAAGCGCUUGGCAAUUGUCAAAUAUGACGAUUGGAACGCUGCCAAUAAUGCAUACACAUCUCCCGCAGUUAUCUUUGACAACAGAUUUGUCAAAGUCUACUGGUAUAACGGCGACGAUUCGUUACCCAAGCCCCAUUCCGUCAAAACUGGCACUGGUGGUUUCAAGAAGGAAGGCUCACAUCCAAAUGCUCCAGUACCUAACAGAGCAACAUCGGAGCCUCAAAUAGACAUCGAAGAGUUUGCUCGCAAGCAACAAGAGGUCCAGAAGGCGCACGAGGAGAAGAAGAAAAAGAAGCAAGAAAUGGAGGUGGCCAAGAAGGAGCUUGAAAGGCGACAAGAGGAGCUGAUGAAGAACCAAGCUGAGGAGAAGAGAAAGCUCAUGGAGCGGUUAGCUGCCAAGAGCGUAAAAUCUGGCUCUCCAGCCAAUGGUUCUGCUAAUGGUACCCCUGCGCCCGAGGCCAAAACCAAAUCCGAGACAGAGGUCUUGAAGGCACAAUUAGCUGCAUUGGAGGCCGAAGCCAAAUCCCUUGGUCUCGAUACGUCGCUUACUGAUACCUGGGGCGGUCGUGGGCGUGGACGAGGCCGAGGUCGCGGAGGAUAUAGAGGACGAGGCGAUUUCGUACCGCGCGGCCGCGGGGGAUACAGAGGUCGUGGAGGCGCUCCAUUUUCCGCAGAUGGCCGUUCCUUCAACCUUGACAAUCGGCCCAAGACCGUCAGCGUGACUGGAGUCGAUUUCUCAGACAGUGCCAAGGAUGGAAUUUUGAGAGAGUAUUUAUUCACUAUUGGCGAAUUCACCAAUAUUGAUAGCACAUCCACCCGUGCCCAGAUAACCUUCAAGGACCGCAAGACCGCCGAGAAGUUCAUCGCCAGCAUUUCCCGCGACGGCGGCGAGCUCCCUUCAGCCGGCAAAGUCGAGUUGGCGUGGGUCAAGACCCCGCUUCCACCGAUCGUUCGCGAGGCCCCAAAGCCAUUCGUCAUUAAGGCCGAAGAGGAUACGCAGAUGGAGGACGGUGACGCGAUGGCUGCAAGUAGCCCGGUGGUUGGCCACGGACGGGGAAAUGCGGAGGGCAAUCACGAUCAGCAGGAGAAUCUGGAUUAUGAUGUUGCUGAUGACAAUGACUGGGGAGUCCAGUGA